ACGACCGCCGUACUCGUCGGUCGACUGUCGUGCAUCGUGUCGCCUCCGCUAUUCCCCGGUUUUGCUAUUAUUACUAUUACUAUUACUAUGGUUGUUGUAGUCGUGUGUGUGAGUGAGCGUAGCGUCGAGCCCGAGCGCGCGCGCCACGAGUGAGAGUGCGAGCGAGACCGACCGAGUGCGUGUGACGUCGGUGCGAGCGUGAGCGACGCUAGUACGCCGCUGCGAGUGCGCGCGCCGCAUAGAACGCGGUCGUACGAAAAUGGCGUCAUCGUCGCGCGACAGCGAGCCCGGGAAAACGAUGUCGUCGCACCACCACAAAUAUUCGUCGAGAAUCAGAACACGCAAAGAAAAGAAAACUUAUUCAGAAGAUUGGGCAUAUGGCGAUGAAGAAGAAAUUGAAGGUGUACGAUCUUUUAGUUUACAAGAAAAGCUUGACUCCACUCGUUAUUUAAAUCACAACUUUGUUAAACAAAUGGAUGGAAAAGAUUUUACAAUUUCGUAUCUUCAAAAAUAUGGUUUCAUAAUACCAUUAUUAUUUAAGGAUAAAACUGGUCUUGGAUUACAUGUCCCUAGCCCUAAUUUUUCUGUAAAUGAUGUUCGCACUUGUGUUGGUUCAAGAAGAAUGUUAGAUGUAAUGGAUGUUAACACACAAAAGAAUUUUGAAAUGACUAUGAAAGAAUGGACUAAGUACUAUGAAGAACCAGUAAAGGAUAAGCUUUUAAAUGUGAUUUCUCUUGAGUUUAGUCAUACUAAGCUAGAAAACUACAUAAAGCGUCCUAAUAUUGUCCGAGAAUUGGAUUGGGUUGAUUGUGUGUGGCCUAAACAUUUGAAAGAGAGUCAAACAGAAUCAACUAAUGUCAUAGAUGAUAUGAUGUAUCCAAAAGUUCAAAAGUAUUGUUUGAUGUCUGUUAAAGGCUGUUAUACUGACUUUCAUAUUGAUUUUGGUGGCACAUCCGUUUGGUAUCAUAUACUUAAAGGAAGCAAGGUAUUUUGGUUAAUACCGCCAACUGAACAAAACAUAAAACUUUAUGAACAAUGGAUACUGUCUGGUAAGCAAGGUGAUAUAUUUUUUGGAGAUACAGUUGAACAAUGUGGACGUGUAUCAUUGAAUGCUGGAGAUACAUUCUUUAUACCUACUGGUUGGAUUCAUGCUGUUUAUACUCCCAAAGACUCUUUGGUAUUUGGAGGAAAUUUUUUACAUUCUUUUGGUAUUGAGAAACAGCUUCGUGUUGCAGAAGUGGAAGAAUCCACUAAGGUUCCUCAAAAGUUUAGGUAUCCGUUUUUUACUGAAAUGUUGUGGUAUGUCUUGGAACGUUAUGUUUAUUGUGAUUUGGGUAAGUCUCAUCUUACGGAAGGUGCUGAAAGUUCACCUGCUCCCGUUGAACAUAUACAUUUCACUAAACAGGAACUUCACGGAAUUAAAGCAAUAGUACGAUAUCUGCAUAUUUUGCCAGCAAAUAAAAAAAAUGUUCCUCCUCUUAUCAAAGAUGCUAUUGAGUUGAUAAGAAAUGUGGCAAUUGUGAUAAAUAAACAUAAGAAUGACAAACCCGAAGAUGCUAUAAGUGGAAAACCGAUUCUUAAAAUUCAAGGAGACAAGGAAAGAGAAAGAAGGUUUUAUAAGACAUCUGGUGAUAUGAAUGCCAAAGUAAAGACUUCAAGAAAAACAGCUUCUGGAUCAGGUCCUAGAAGAAGACGUACAAGAUGUAAAAAAUGUGAAGCUUGUAAACAAGCUGAUUGUGGAGAAUGUUCGUUCUGUAGAGACAUGGUCAAGUUUGGUGGACCUGGUCGUGCUAAACAAACUUGUGUCAUGCGUCAAUGCUUACAGCCAAUGUUACCAAUAACUGCAGCUUGUGGCAUUUGUUCAUUGGACGGCUGGGGUCAACAAAUUAUUAUUCCUAUACAGAAAACUGCUAAAGAUACUCCUAGCCAACUUAUGGAAUGUAGUGUAUGCUUUGAAAUUGUACAUCCAGACUGUUUAUUAAAACAACCUGUAUUUACUAAUAUUGGUACUUAUAAUGAAGAUUUACCUAAUAGCUGGGAGUGCCCCAAGUGUUGCAAGGAAGGGAAAAAUUUAGAAAGCAAGCCCCGCCAUUUUCGUGCUAGACAAAAAUCGUCAGAUAUCCGUAGAACUUCUGUCAGCAGCAAUGACACUAAUCCACAAAAACGUUAUAAAGAUGAUGAAGAAUACAGUGAUACAAAUUCUGAAAGCGAUUUAGACAAUGUUUCGAAUAAAAGACUGAAAACUGAGAAAAAAGAAAACUUAUCUACGGAACGAUCACCACCUUUGCCUUCAACGAGAUGGAUGGAAGAACAUUCUAUGAAAAUGUUAAACCGUUCUGUCAAAGUCGAGGAGGCCCAUAUGUCAACGUACAACAACACCACCACCACUACUGCUACAACCAACAUAACCACCACCUCCAUGCCCGCCGCCACCAUCGUCGUCACUCCGUCAAUCGCGGAGCCGCCACCACCACCGCCGCAGGUGUCGCGCAAGAUCGAUUUACGUAAACAACUGGCCAGCCAACUAUCCGGCGGUUCGGGUAAACAUUGCAACGUACUUAAGAAACAGUCUUACGUGUCGAAACCAGUCAAAGGCGGGGGGAAUAAGUCUCAGUCGGCCGGACAAAAGUCACAAUCGGGUGGACAAAAGUCCCAGUCGGGUGGACUUAAGUCUCAGGUGGGCGGGCAGUCUCAAAGUGGCGGGAGCGUAAACGGUUAUCAGCUGCACAACAAUAACCACAACCACAGCAAUAACAAUCAUCACCACAACAGCAACAGCAGCAAUUACUGCGGGGACGCGGCGUGCAUGCUUCCGGUGUUCGAAUACUUGACGCCCGCCGAGCUGGCGAAGUGCGCGCUGGUGUGCCGCGCCUGGUCCGCAAUGUCGAUGGACCCGUCGCUAUGGCGCAAGCUCGACGUGACCGGCAAGCGGCUGACGGCGUCGUGCUUGGCGGGCGUGGUGAAGCGACAGCCCGAAGUGUUGCUGAUGGACUGGACGGCUAUCGCCAAGCGGCAGCUAGAGUGGAUGAUAGCCAAGCUGACCCGUCUCAAGGUGCUGUCGCUGCAGGGCUGCUCUUGGAGCGGCGUGACCGCGUUGCGCAGCAGCAGCGUAGUGCCGCCGUCGCUUACCGCGCUCGACCUGAGCUACGUGACCGGCAUGACGGACGCGUCGCUCCGGGACGUGCUGUCGCCGCCUUCCGACUCGCGUUCGUCGUCCAACGACAACACCAACCGUGCCCGGUUCCGGAACCUGCGCACCCUCAAGCUAGCCGGCGUGGACAUCGGCGACGUGUCGCUCCGGUACGUGGUGCAGUACGCGCCCAGCCUAGUCGAGCUGGACCUGUCCCAGAACUUCCGGAUCACGGACGCCGGGAUCGCGCAGCUCACCACGCCCGUCGGCAACGCCGUGUCCACGCUCCAGGUGCUCGACCUGUCCGGUUGCGUGGCCGUCACGGACACGUCGCUCGAUCACCUGCUCAAGUGCACUGCUCUGCGCCGGUUGGACAUGAAGCAGACGCCCAAGGUCACCACGGCGGCGAUCAACCGGUUCCUGGUGGCCAACGACCGGUUCUCGGCCACCGAGACCCGGUUGUUGAUCAAGUGCCCCGAAUCGCCGACGCCGUUGCCGCCGACGACGCCGACCGGAAGACGCGAUUCGACGGGCAGCAGUAGUUAAAAGGAGAGCGCCGACCGGCAGUUGCGUGCGUGUCGAUGUGUAACCGUCAUAGUGUAGUGCGGACGUCGCGUGAACUGCGGUGUCAACCUGGUCGACGACGACGACUGACAAACACGCGCUCCGACACGUUCCGAUAUUAGCAUAGUAGUAAAACAAUGUAUAAUUUGUAUAUUUUUAUAGUUUUUUCCAAUAUUAAAACAUGUCAGUUUUUCGUUUUUUCCGAUCUAUUUACGCGAAAAGGGUAAUUUCCUUUGGUUUUUCGUUUUGGUAUUGAUUUAUGGUUUAUUAUUGAUUUGUUUUCGGUAUAGUGCCGGAUAGUAUUAUUUGGGUUGUACAUCACGUUUGGGCGAGGGUUUUGGACUACUACUCGCAGUCGGCACGGUACGGUUUAUAAAGAAUUUUUUUUUUCUACUUUGCGUACGUAUAACAUUUUCUGUAAUACGAUGAUGUUUAUUGACGAAAGACAAUCUCUCAACGGGUUCAUGCUCACCUAAUUUACAAUAUUAUAUUCUGUUUCCGAUUAAUUUUUAGAACUUUGGAAUUGGUAUUUUUUUUUCUACGUUCAUCAAAGACGUAAUCACAAUUUUACUAUAUAUUAUUUAUAAAUUAUAUAAAAUUAAAAAAAAAGACUGAAGUUUUGUUUGUAUUACCGUUAGUUUUAUAAGUAUUAUAUAAUAUUUUGCAAUCAAACGCGUAUUGUGACUGGUGUUUGUUGACCAUCAAGUGGUUUGCAAGUUAAUUUAAAAACUAAGCGAAAUUUAUUAAUCGACAUUUUUAAUCAGCCGUGAUUUUUGUUUUAUUUGUAUUUAAAUUAUAAAUAUUUUUGACUGUAUUAAUUAUUUUUCUUUUUUUUUUUUAUUAUUGUAUUUUGAAUAAAUUAUCCAUGUAUGAAAUUGACUCGACAUUAUUAUUUAUCGUCACGUCGUAAACAGUUUUUUCUUUCUGUCCGUUCUCAAUGAAUCAGUUUAAAUACAUCGUCCAACUCGUCAUAUUUUCUAACAUCUCGUACGAUAAUUUAGUAAAUCGCACAUCAGUAUCAACCUGUAUGUAUAUAUUAUUUUUGUAAUGGUGGUGAUUGUGUAUAUAAUGUAUUAUAUAAUAUUUUAAAAUUAUUUCUCGUAACAUUUGCCAUGAUAGACAAUAACAUCCUGCCCCUGUGCAGUUUACAAUAUUUUCAUGUCCACCGCGCAUUUAGGGGGGAUCUAAGUGUUAUCCGUUCGUAUUGAAAACUACAAGUACACUAUCGUAAUAACUAUUCAUUAUAGCUUUAUAUCAAGCGAGGGAACAUGCCACGGCCUGGUGAAAAUCUGUUUUACGCAUUCUCACGUGACACCUUAUCACCCUGACCGAGUUUCACUAUGGAGUGGAUCAACCUAACUGAAUCGGCACGUCCUCUCGCCGGAUAGAGUAUAAUUUUUAUUCGUUAUGAAGGGGAAUAGGAAGAGAGGAGUGAUCGUGGUGGCGUUACGUUUCCGUUGAAUUUGAUUUUGCCAGAAUGUGAUUAUGGUGACUAUGAAACGCAAACAAUACCCGCCGGAUCUCCAUAUAUCCGUUACUUUGAAAUCUCCGUUCGUGUAAAAUAUUGAUCAGACAAUACUAAUUAUUCGUGUUAUACAACCUAUUUAUCACUAUGUAUUUUUCCGUUUAAAAAUAAAAAUAUCCGAAAUAAAUUGCAUCUCCCGAAUGGGGUAAGUUGGCUAUGCUUAAUUAAAUUCGUGUUUAAUAUAUAUAUAUAUAUAUAUAUACGUUAUCUCGUUAACGGAUUACCGUACAGAAAUAAGUUAUAAUUAUAUAUAAAAAAUGUAAUUAUUAUUAUUUGCCCACAAUGUGUGAUACAAAUAAAGAUAAAUUGCCCAAAUAUUUAUUUUAUAUUAUUAUAUAAAUUAAUAUAUUUUUCUGGUCCAACAGCUAUGUAAUAUAUUGUACGGUAUUUAUUACAUUAUUUUGUGGCACGUACGUGAUCCGUUGUGUUAUAUUUAUCGUAAACAAUAUAUUAAUUGUGUAUUGUGCAUGAAUUUGACUAAUAUUUUGUGGCGGCCCUCAACGUUUUAAUAGUAAAACCGAUUACUGUGGAAUGCGUGGCAGCGGUAUAUAAUAUGAUAAUAACGUCUACAGAUAAUCCUAAUCCAACGGUGUCGUGUACAGUAUUUUGUAUUAUAACAAUGCUCAUGCUCUGUGCUAUCAGUUAUACAAUCGGUUUGUUGCCAAACGCAUUUGGUCAACGCGUAUUUAAAAGAGUUAAUCUA